UCCUCUGUUUACUUCAUUUGCAAUGAUGAUGAUGUGAGACCGAAACUGCUAGCUAGCUAGCCUAGCUAAAGUAAUGAAGAGCCAGUAGGAGAUGGGGAACAACACAUGUGAUGGGGGGGAACAAACCGACCGGCCUCAUUUCACUCUUCAUUUCAUUAAAACUGUUUCUUCUUCUUCACAGUUUGCUGUAAAGUCACCGGUUAGCUCUGACGGCGUUAGCCUGUUAGCACGCAUGGCUGCAGGCUAUGCUAGCUAGCCGUGCUGCGGGUUCGUGUCUCGGUGUGAUUUGUUGAUUAUGGCACAUUGAAAAUCUGGAGUCUUUUCUUAUUCAUCCCUGUUGAAAACCACAAAACACACCCUCCAAAGACCGGGCUUCUGGACCACGUCGGCCGGAGGAGCAGGCUAAGCUAACGCCGCAGCUAGCCGAGACUGCGGAGGCCCGGAAUGGAGCCAGGGGACUUGCGUGAGAGCCCCGCCGGCUCAGGGGAGUCGGACGGCGGGGACUGGAGGGAGGUUAUGCCCGGUGCGGACAUGGAGGUCAAGGCUGCAGAAACUAAUGGGACAAAACUGGAGACUGGGCUCAGGGACACCUGUGAGGAGGCUGAAGGUGAAAAACAAGUCGGGGAGCAAUUGCACAGCCCGUAUGAGGAGGAACUGGACCCCAGAAUCCAGGAAGAGUUGGAGCAUCUCAAUGAAGCCAGUGCAGAAAUCAACAGACUUGAGCUGCAGUUGGAUGAUGCCAGAUCAGGCUACCGGAAGAUCCUCACAGAGUCUGCCAGGAAGCUAAAUGCUCAGAGCUCUCAGCUUGGUGGCUGCAUUGAGAAAGCAAGACCUUACUAUGAAGCUCGUCGCCUUGCAAAAGAGGCACAACAGGAGACCCAGAAGGCAGCUUUGAGCUAUGAGCGAGCGGUCUCUAUGCACACAGCUGCCAGGGAGAUGGUCUAUGUGGCUGAGCAGGGUCUGAUGGCCGAUGGCAAGAACACGCUGGAUCCCACCUGGCAGGAGAUGCUCAACCAUGCUACCUCCAAGGUGAACGAAGCCGAGGAGGAGCGACUCCGCAGUGAGAGGGAGCACAUGCGCGUCACACACGCCUGUCAGGAGGCCGAGGCUCGGGUUCAGAUGCUGCAAAAGUCCCUCAAAAGAGUCAUUGUGAAAUCCAAACCUUACUUUGAGCUCAAGGCCCAGUUCAACCACAUUCUGGAGGAGAACAAGGCCAUAGUGCUGCAGCUGGAACAGCACGUAGCCAAAGUGAAGGCCCGCUACUCCAUCGCCUUACGAAACUUGGAACAAAUCAGUGAGCAGAUUCACGCUCAGAGGGGGAGGGACCAGGCGGAGGGAGGGUGCACCACCGUCUGCGGCGGGCGGAGCCCACCCGUCGGAGCCGAGUCCGACGUCAGAGUUCAGAAAGAAGUGGGAGCCUGCGGCGGUGGCCCGACGGGGACGGAGCGGGUGGAUGCAGCCAUCGACCUGGAGAAAUACAAGGAGAAGGAGAAUGAAAAGGAGAGGGAGCGGGCGGGGUCGGAUUCACUUUCAGUCUUCAGCCUGCAGACCAUCGCUUCCGACUUGGAGAAAUAUGACUCCAUUGAGCACCUCGGGGACCUCAGCGAUGUAGGCAGCGUAACCGGGGAUGAGGGGGAGAAAGAGAGAGGCGGAGUGGUGGAUAGAAGAGACAAGCUGGUGGAAACGAGUGCCAAAGUGCGCCAGCAGCAGUUCUACAAGCAGCAUCACCGAAGCUUCAGUUUGUGAGGCUGUCAUAGAUAUAAACAAGCUAUAAACAAUACAGAAGCAAAGUGAGUUAUCAAAAAAAACAAACUACCAAUUAGGGUGAGCAUCCCUACCGCAUAGAUACCAACCAAAGUAUAAGACAGUAAAUUAGCUGUAGAAACUGGAUCGAUGCAGUUGUAGGUGUAUGAUAUGGCAUAUGUAAAUAAGCACACGUACUUUGACUGACAACACAUUAAUCUAAGGCUGACACUGAUCAAUAGUUAAUAUUGCUGGCUGGUUAGAACACUACUGGAAUCUAAAAGAGCUUUCAACACUCCAGGACAAGUGUGCUGUAUAUUCACGCCCCUCUGAGGGAUUCUGGGUAGAAUUUGUUCCUCGAGCAUGAAGGAACAGCGAAGAAUGAUCAAAAGAUGACGUUGAUCUGAUGUGGUGAGACUCUUGAAAACAAAAAACCCUCCAUUGUUUCCCCCUCCAGUCCCGUCGGGUCUUAUCAGCGAUUGCUUCAAGGUAGAGGGUGUCGCAGGGUCUCUCCAUGCACACAGAGAGCCACACUCGUCAAGUGAGUGUGCAGGGAAGAAUGACAAAAAACGUUCUCAGCCGGUGCAAGGUGAAAGCAUGUUUUGAAUUCACAUUUCAUAUAUUUAUUUCCAGUAACAUGCUGAAAGCAGUGGGGGUUUUUUUGGCACGAGAGAAUGCGUUUUUUUGAAAAUUCCUGAAAUGAAUCAGGUCUGAGACUGAAGAUGAUAAUGACUCUUUCCACUCCGACAGCAUGCACUCCUUGUUCUAUCUAAACAGACACUUAUGACAUGUAUUCAGGGCGAUAUGCUGAAACUAAAACUGACACAAUUAAAGCUAACACGAUGAAGCUGCAGCCAAGUUUACUUUUUAAUGUCGUAUGUCGCGAGAGCGUUUCCCAAGUUUAUUUUAUUUGGACAUUGUUUACAUUUGUAUGAGUGGAAUUCUUUGGCAGCAAAUACAUUUCCCCCCUUGCUUGCUUGUUUAAAAACAAUUUGCCCUUGUUGUAAUUUUGAAGUGUGCCUUGACACAGAACAAGUAACACUUUUAGCAUGAGUGGCACAUUGUUGUAACCUCAACUGUAGUUCUGUUUAAAACGAUUUAAAGAACAAGUGGGUUUGCGCCCUUUUAUGAUUUU